CUUUGACGGCAAAGCUCCACUCGUCGUCAGUGAAGAUCGAGAGCCGACGGUAGCAACACAUGGCGCCGGCACAGCCGCAAUCGACCCCCGCCGCCACCGAGGCUGGCGCCGUGACCAAGCUGCAGCGAACUUCCAAGAAGCGCAAGGCCAGCAGUGACGCGCCCGCCGUCUUCCGAGCCUCCGCCGCUGCGCGUGAUGCCAGCGGAGCCUCAGCACGCUGUUCGCUUUGUGGCUUUAGCGCUUCCACACUGGAUCACUUGCUCACUCACGUACGCGAGUCACACGGCCGAGACCACAAGCAAGCGACGCCCCAGAUGGCACUUCCGCUCGAAGUGGCGCAGAUGGUGGUGCAGCGGGCGCUGGAUCAGGCGGCGCUGGGAGGCGCCACCAGCGCGUGGCUUGAGGUCAUACAGCAGCAAUUCAAAGCUGCAGCUGAGAUGACGGCUGCACUGGAGCGGAAAGACGCGCACAGUGUUGCGGUGGCAAUCCGCAAGCUGCAUGGCCUGACGCAGGCAGGAGAUGAGGAGUCAGUGCUAAUCACAUUACAGCAGGCUGCGCAUAUCUUGCUACAAUCGCCACCUCACGCUACGGCAAACGGAAAGGAUUCUAGUAUUCACGAGGCGGAGGCGGCACAGGCGCUAACGGGACUGCGAGCCACAGCUUCGAGUGCGCAGGAGACGACGACAACUGCGCCCGUCAUCUCAACGUCGUCCUCGCGUCCACCCGCUGUACCGAAGGCGUCUCCUGCGGCCCCUCAAGCCUCGUUCCCUUCCUUUGUGCUGGGAUCACCUCUGACCAUCACAGCGCCGCAGCCUCAAAUAGGUAGUUCACAUUUCCACCCACCAGAGCUGUUCACGCCCGGUUCGGUGCGGUCGCCGACCACUCCGUCCUCACUACCAAGUCUCUUUGCGCGCAGGCUGUUGGCCCCGCUGGCGUCUCCAUCCAGUGUAACUGAUGGAGACCGUUUGGCGCAGAGUGUGGCUGGGAUGGGAUACCAAAAUCCCAUUAUCGUCACGGACCAACGCAACCCGUUGGGCUCUACUAUUCGGCCGGAUACUUCCCCAGCAUCUCUCACUCCUGUGUUUUAUUCGUCAUUUCCGACACUGUCAGCAGCCAAUAAUGUCGUUAAUACUGGCGCUGCUCCUACGAACCGACCGACUUCCGCGUCCCCUGUCAAGCGCAAAAGUAUCACAUCCAAACAGUUAAGUGUAAGAUGCGAUGCCGAAGUUGCUGCCGCUCGUGCUGCUGCAUCAACGGCAACGGCAGAGGCAGCUGCAGACACGUCCGUGCUUGUGGCGUUGGGUCCUAUCUCCGUGCCUGGCACACCUAGCACACCUGCGACUCGCAAAGCUACUCCUCGUCGGUGGACCAAGGAAGAAGAUGACGCUCUGCGCGCUGCAGUAGAGAACCACCGCGAAAAAAACUGGAAGGCUAUUGCCGCUCAAGUGCCUGGACGGAACCACACGCAGUGUCUGCAGCGAUGGACCAAAGUUCUGGCCCCAGGUCUCGUGAAGGGUCACUGGUCUCCGCACGAAGAUGACCUACUGCGACGCCUUGUGGCGACAGAGCAGAAGAACUGGGGCGACGUGGCCUCCAAGAUCCCAGGCCGCACGUCAAAACAGUGCCGCGAGCGGUGGCACAAUCAUUUGGAUCCGCAGAUCGUUCGCGGUGCGUACACCCCUGAGGAGGACCGCCUGAUCUUGGAGGCACAAGCACGACUGGGCAACCGCUGGUCGGUCAUUGCGGCGAUGCUGCCUGGUCGGACCGAAGACGCAGUCAAGAUCCGCUGGAAGUCGCACUGCCGUGUGUGGCGAGCGCGCAAGUACCUGCGUAAGAACCCCAACAGUGAUGUGGACAUGCUGAGCGAGCCUGCACAGACGCCUCGGACCCCGUUGGUGCCUCCUACUGGCGACUUUAAGUGGCCGGUGCCGCUUCCAAAUGGUCCUGCAGACGAACAAGAAUCAAGCAAAACGUGUGCUGAGGCGACGGCGCAGGCUGUGGGCGGAGAGUAAGACGCACUGUGGACGUCGGCGGACGUAAUUCAAAUAUGAACCUGUACUGUACCUUGUAUCACUUGCUGAUUGGUCGAAAAAAA